AGAGACCUACAAAACAACAACUCGAUGCCAUCCUACAUCUGUUUGCUAAUCGCCCUAUUCGUGACAAUCAGAUUUUCCUUGCAAGAAGAAAUGCAAGAAGACAACUUUACUAGACCACGAAGAAACUUCUUCAUGUCAUCUGGGCCGUCUCGCGCUCGUGUUAUGGAAAUGGAACGAUUGGUUAACAGUAUCUUUCCAAGAAGAACCCGUAGUGGCGAGCCAAUAGUUAUUGAUGAUACUGUCGACGCUCAAGAGGAUGGAGUUCCCUCCCAUUCUUUGGUCCAAGCGAAACUACCUUGUUUCUGUCCACCGUUCUCUCCAUGCAUUGGGAAUUGCUAUAGAACAUACAAUAGAUACUGGUGAAACAUUAGUUUCAUCGUUCUUAUGGUCUGUGGAAAUAUUGGUAAAUGUAGACUGAAUAAAUAUUGUUGCUGUG